GUAAAAUUACUGAAAGAGGGUCCGAAACGUUCAGGUUUUGAUUAACUUAACGGGUCGUGACUGAAGAAAUUAGUACAAAAUACGACAACUAACGGAGGCUGUCUCUUCAAUGACCCGACAUGACAUGGACUCUCACGUUGAUGAAGUUAAAGAGGAGUAUUAUCUGGAGCAGCAGAACUGGAGCCCAAGUCUGGACCAGGAGGACGAAAAGCCCCCACAGAUUAAGGAGGAACAGGAGGAGGCUGAAGUCACCUCUAUCAAUGUGAAGUUUGAAGAUGAUGAUGAGAAGCCUCAGUUCUCAGAGCUUUGUACCAGCAAGAAUGAGAACAGAGACCACAAAGAACAAGAACCAGAUCAGCAUUUAGAGUCAGAUUCCAAAGACAAAGUAUUAGAGUCUUCAGAGGUAAAUAUAAGUUACAAAAACUGGGAGAACGGUGAACAGCUUCCAGUUUUAAACUUUGAGAAAAAUAAUACAGUUCCCGAAGACAAUACAAAAUGUCAGAGAGGUGAGGAGCUUUACAGCUGCACUGAAUGUGGUAAAACAUUCUACCAGAGGUCAGAUUUGUUGAAACAUGGACAAAUCCACAAAAGAGGUAAACCUUUCAGCUGCUCUCAGUGUAAAGCAACUUUUACAUGUAAACAUACUGUAGUACAACACAUGAGAAUCCACACGGGAGAGAAACCUUUUAGCUGUUCUGUCUGUGAAGCAGCCUUUACAAGGAAACAUGUCUUAAAGCAACACAUGAUGAGGCACAGUGGAGAGAAACCUUUCAGUUGUUCUGUCUGUGAAACAGCCUUUGCAAGAAAAAGUGACUUAAAGCAACACCUGAUGAGGCACAGUGGAGAGAAACCUUUCAGCUGUUCUGACUGUGAAGCAGCCUUUGCAAGGAAAAGAGACUUAAAGCAACACAUGAUAAAGCACAGUGGAGAGAAACCUUUCAGCUGUUCUGUCUGUGAAGCAGCCUUUGCAAGCAAAAGUGACUUAAAGCAACACAUGAUGAGGCACAGUGGAGAGAAACCUUUCAGCUGUUCUGUCUGUAAAGCAGCCUUUACAAGGAGACAUGGCUUAAAGCAACACAUGAUGAGGCACAGUGGAGAGAAACCAUUCAGCUGUUCUGUAUGCGAAGCAGCCUUUGCGAGGAAAAGUGAUUUAAAGCAACACAUGAUAAAGCACAGUGGAGAGAAACCUUUCAGCUGUUCUGCCUGUGAAGCUGCCUUUGCAAGGAAAAGAGACUUAAAGCAACACAUGAUGAGGCACAGUGGAGAAAAACCUUUCAACUGUUCUGACUGUGAAGCAUCCUUUGCUAUCAAAAGUGACUUAAGGCAACACGUGAUAAGGCACAGUGGAGAAAAACCUUUCAGCUGUUCUCAACCUUUCCAAGCAAAAGUGACCUAA